AUGAGCUCGAAGAAAGGCAGAGAUCUGUCAAUCACCGUCGUGUCGUUCUACAUGAAAAUCGUUGGCUUUUGGCUGGCGAAGAACCAUGUCGAAGAACGUUGGAGAAACUUUGCUAUGAUUUAUACGACUUUCGCAAUUCUCGUCGCCAUCGUGGUCGAAACGAGGGAUCUGUACUUCACUUGGGGAGAUUUUAGCGGUACUGUAUACAUCGUGUGCAACCUCGUAACUAUUAUUCUCGUUUUGUUCAAAAUUUUGGUUUGUUUUGUAUACAAAAAGGAGUUGCUUAGUUUGAUACAAUACGCGAAAAAGAAUUUUUGGCAUUCGAAUUACAAUUCACACGAACGAAUGAUUGUGGAUAGGUGUAAACGUACUUGUACGGUUCUCGUUUGCGUCUUCACUUUCUUCGCUCAAGGAACAGUUAUCUCUUACGUGAUAGGACCAAUUCAAGCAAAUAUUGGAAGAAACGAAACAAAUCGAAUACUUCCAUUCAAUAUAUGGUUGAACGCACCAAUAUGCUACAUGACACCAUAUUUUGAGGUCGAGUUUAUCAUACAGGUUUUGUGUCUGUAUCACGUUGGCGUAUGCUAUCUUUGUUUCGAUAAUAUUUUAUGCAUUAUGAAUCUACAUACUGCUGGACAGUUUCGUAUCUUACAAUAUAGACUUGAAAAUAUGUGCGGUGAAAAUAACAACGAAAAAUUGUCGUACAGCAUAUGUAAAUAUAUGAAACUUAAAACUUAUAUUCAGCAACAUCAAAUGCUCAUUGAAUAUUGUAAGAAACUCGAGCAAGUGUUUAAUUUGAUUGUGCUUGGACAAGUAUCGCUCUUCAGCUUAUUAAUGUGCCUCGAUGGAUAUUUAGUACUUACGGAAGACGCUCCUCUUAUGAGACGCCUUAUUUUCCUAUUUCAUAUAACGGGUUGCUUGUGUCAACUGCUGAUGUUCACCUAUAGUUGCGAUUGUCUAAUACGAGACAGUACGAACGUAGCUAAUGCCGCCUACAAAAGCUUAUGGUCGUUUCUACCAAUGGACAAAUAUGGGAAAAUAUUACGGAGAGACUUGAUGUUAAUUAUCAUGAGAUCUAAUAUACCAUGUUGCCUGACCGCUAGUGGAUUCUUCAUCGUAUCAUUGGAAACGUAUACUGGAAUUCUAAGUUCCGCGGCAUCGUACUUGACGUUGUUGAGAAAUCAUGCAAGCGAUACGUCUUAA